AUGCCGAUCGGUGGGCUGCAGGCCUCGAAUACGCCACGCUGUCUAGGAUUUGCGGGAGAGGGUCCGUCAGCCGCCCGCUUCGCGGGCACCAUUACCGACUUCAACUCGAGCAUGAAGCAGUUUUUUGACGGGAUCUCGGCCAACGUCGAGGGGCUCUCGCUCAACAAAUUGCCAGGCCUCUCCAAGGACGGCCAGGCCCUCGUCGACGAGGCCGUGCGCGACACGCUCGCCGGUCAGCCGUCUCGCUCGUUUGACCUCAUCUUUCCGACGCAAUCUGGGUCCAUCUCGGUGCUCCUCUCCCUCUCGAGCCGCCGGGACGAGAACGGGAAGAUCGUCGGCGUCGUCGGCGUCGGGCACGAGACUGUCGAGAAGGCUGAGCUCACGCGCGUCGCCAACGACCUGCAGCUGCUCAUCGACACGGCCAACGCGCCCAUCUUCGGCAUCGACACCAGCGGCUUUGUGAACGAGUGGAACCGGAAGGCGGCGGCCAUCACGGGCUUCUCGCGCGAGGAGGUGAUGGGCAAGGACCUCGUCAGCCGCUUCAUCACGCCCGAGUACCAGGACUCGGUCGGCGAGGUGCUGCACAAGGCGCUGCAGGGCGAGGAGACGGCCAACUUCGAGUUCCCGCUCUACACGAAGGAUGGGGAGCGCGUUGAGGUGCUUCUGAACGCGACCACGCGGCGCAGCGCGACAGGCGCCAUCGUCGGCGUGGUCGGCGUUGGCCAGGACAUCACCGAGCUCAAGCGCGGCCAGGCGGAGCUCACGCGCGUCGCCAACGACCUGCAGCUGCUCAUCGAGACGGCCAACGCGCCCAUCUUCGGCAUCAAUGCUGAGGGUCGGGUGAACGAGUGGAACCGGAAGAUGGCGGCGAUCACGGGCUUCUCGAAGGACGAGGUGUUUGGCAAGGACCUCGUCGAUGAGUACAUCAGCGACGAGUUCCGCGAGUCGGUGCGCCAGGUCCUCGACGACGCGCUCCACGGCCAGCAGACCGACAACUACCAGCUGCCGCUCUUCACCAAGGAUGGCGACCGCGUCGAGGUGCUGCUGAACGCGACGACGCGCGUGGACGCGGCCGGCACCAUCGUCGGCGUGGUCGGCGUCGGCCAGGACAUCACCGCCAUCAACCAGUCACAGGCGGAGCUCACGCGCGUCGCCAACGACCUGCGGCUACUCAUCGACACGGCCAACGCGCCCAUCUUCGGCAUCGACACCAACGGCUUCGUGAACGAGUGGAACCGGAAGGCGGCGGCCAUCACGGGCUUCUCGCGCGAGGAGGUGAUGGGCAAGGACCUCGUGCGAACCUUCAUCACGCCCGAGUACCAGGACUCGGUCGGCGAGGUGCUGCACAAGGCGCUGCAGGGCGAGGAGACGGCCAACUUCGAGUUCCCGCUCUACACGAAGGAUGGGGAGCGCGUUGAGGUGCUUCUGAACGCGACCACGCGGCGCAGCGCGACAGGCGCCAUCGUCGGCGUGGUCGGCGUUGGCCAGGACAUCACCGAGCUCAAGCGCGGCCAGGCGGAGCUCACGCGCGUCGCCAACGACCUGCAGCUGCUCAUCGAGACGGCCAACGCGCCCAUCUUCGGCAUUGGUGCCCACGGUCGGGUGAACGAGUGGAACCGGAAGAUGGCGGCGAUCACGGGCUUCUCGAAGGACGAGGUGUUUGACAAGGACCUCGUCGAUGAGUACAUCAGCGACGAGUUCCGCGAGUCGGUGCGCCAGGUCCUCGACGAUGCGCUCCACGGCCAGCAGACCGACAACUACCAGCUGCCGCUCUUCACCAAGGAUGGCGACCGCGUCGAGGUGCUGCUGAACGCGACGACGCGCGUGGAUGCGGCCGGCACCAUCGUCGGCGUGGUCGGCGUCGGCCAGGACAUCACCGCCAUCAACCAGUCACAGGCGGAGCUCACGCGCGUCGCCAACGACCUGCGGCUGCUCAUCGACACUGCCAACGCGCCCAUCAUCGGUACGGACGCGAACGGUCGCGUGAACGAGUGGAACAACAAGGCGGCCGACCUGACCGGCUAUUCGAAGGUGGAGGUCGAGGGCCGCUACCUCGUCCGUGACUUCAUCACGCCCGAGUACCAGGACUCGGUCGGCGAGGUGCUGCACAAGGCGCUGCAGGGCGAGGAGACGGCCAACUUCGAGUUCCCGUUCGUGACCAAGAGCGGGGAGCGCGUCGAGAUCCUGCUCAACGCCACCAAGCGGACGGACCGAGAGGGCAAGAUCGUCGGCAUGGUCGGCGUUGGUCAGGACAUCACCGAGCUCAAGCGCGGCCAGGCGGAGCUCACGCGCGUCGCCAACGACCUGCAGCUGCUCAUCGAGACGGCCAACGCGCCCAUCUUCGGCAUCAAUGCUGAGGGUCGGGUGAACGAGUGGAACCGGAAGAUGGCGGCGAUCACGGGCUUCUCGAAGGACGAUGUGUUUGGCAAGGACCUCGUCGAUGAGUACAUCAGCGACGAGUUCCGCGAGUCGGUGCGCCAGGUCCUCGACGAUGCGCUCCACGGCCAGCAGACCGACAACUACCAGGUGCCGCUCUUCACCAAGCACGGCGACCGCGUCGAGGUGCUGCUGAACGCGACGACGCGCGUGGACGCGGCCGGCACCAUCGUCGGCGUGGUCGGCGUCGGCCAGGACAUCACCGCCAUCAACCAGUCACAGGCGGAGCUCACGCGCGUCGCCAACGACCUGCGGCUGCUCAUCGACACGGCCAACGCGCCCAUCUUCGGCAUCGACACCAACGGCUUCGUGAACGAGUGGAACCGGAAGGCGGCGGCCAUCACGGGCUUCUCGCGCGAGGAGGUGAUGGGCAAGGACCUCGUCAGCCGCUUCAUCACGCCCGAGUUUCAGGACUCGGUCGGCGAGGUGCUGCACAAGGCGCUGCAGGGCGAGGAGACGGCCAACUUCGAGUUCCCGCUCUACACGAAGGAUGGGGAGCGCGUUGAGGUGCUUCUGAACGCGACCACGCGGCGCAGCGCGACAGGCGCCAUCGUCGGCGUGGUCGGCGUCGGUCAGGACAUUUCUGCGCGCAAGAACGCCGAGACGCGCGUGAGCAUGCUCGCCGCCGACUUGCGGCUGUUGAUCGACAGCGCGAACGCGCCCAUCAUCGGCAUCGACGCGUUUGGCUGUGUCAACGAGUGGAACAACAAAGCGGCGGAGAUCACCGGCUACGCGAAGGAUGAGGUGGUUGGCUGCUACCUCGUCCGCGACUUCAUCAUCGACGAGUACAAGACGGCAGUCAACGGCGUGUUGCACAAGGCACUAGAGGGGAGCGAGACGGACAACUUCGAGUUCCCGUUCGUGACCAAGAGCGGGGAGCGUGUCGAGAUCCUGCUCAACGCCACCACCCGCCGGGACACCACCGGUAAGGUCUUCGGCGUGGUCGGCGUUGGCCAGGACAUCACCGAGCUCAAGCGCGGCCAGGCGGAGCUCACGCGCGUCGCCAACGACCUGCAGCUGCUCAUCGAGACGGCCAACGCGCCCAUCUUCGGCAUCAAUGCUGAGGGUCGGGUGAACGAGUGGAACCGGAAGAUGGCGGCGAUCACGGGCUUCUCGAAGGACGAUGUGUUUGGCAAGAACCUCGUCGAUGAGUACAUCAGCGACGAGUUCCGCGAGUCGGUGCGCCAGGUCCUCGACGAUGCGCUCCACGGCCAGCAGACCGACAACUACCAGGUGCCGCUCUUCACCAAGCACGGCGACCGCGUCGAGGUGCUGCUGAACGCGACGACGCGCGUGGACGCGGCCGGCACCAUCGUCGGCGUGGUCGGCGUCGGCCAGGACAUCACCGCCAUCAACGACUCGCAGGACGAGCUCUCGCGCCUAGCCAACGACCUGCAGCUCGUCAUUGAGGCCGCCAACGCGCCCAUCUUCGGCAUCGACACCAACGGCACCGUGAACGAGUGGAACCGGAAGGCGGCGGCCAUCACGGGCUUCUCGCGCGAGGAGGUGAUGGGCAAGGACCUCGUCCGCCGCUUCAUCACGCCCGAGUACCAGGACUCGGUCGGCGAGGUGCUGCACAAGGCGCUGCAGGGCGAGGAGACGGCCAACUUCGAGUUCCCGCUCUUCACCAAGUCGAACGAGCGCGUCGACAUUCUGCUGAACGCGGCCACUCGGCGGGGCACAGACGAGGUUGUCGUCGGCGUGGUCGGCGUCGGCCAGGACAUCACCGAGCUCAACCGCGAAAAGGCGGAGCUGACGCGGAUCGCCAACGACCUCACGCGGCUCAUUGACUACGCCAACGCGCCCAUCUUCGGCGUCGACCAGACGGGGCGGGUGAACGAGUGGAACCGCAAGGCGGUCGAGAUCACCGGCUUCGAGAAGGCCGACGUGCUGGGCCGAGUGCUCGCCGAGGACUUCAUCACGCCGGAGUUUCGCGACUCGGUCAAGCAGGUGCUCGACAACGCGCUCGAGGGGAAGGGGACGGACAACUUUGAGUUCCCGCUCUUCUCCCAGUCCGGCAAGAAGGUCGAGGUGCUGCUCAACGCGACGACGCGCGUCGACGCCAACGGCCACCCGAUCGGCGUCAUCGGUGUCGGCCAGGAUAUCACCGAGAGAAAGGACGCCGAGGAGGAGGUCAUCCGGCUGGCGUCUGACCUGCAGCGGCUGAUCGACUCUGCGAACGCGCCCAUCCUGGGCGUCGACCAGGCCGGGCGCGUCUCCGAGUGGAACUCGAACCUCUCGACCAUCACCGGCUACAGCAAGCAGGAGGCGAACUCUGCGUCGGUCGCGGAGGUGUUCGGCGAGGCGCUGCUCGGCACAGACUGCCAGAACUUUGAGUUUUCGGUCAUCGCGAAGGACGGAGGCCGGGUCGAGCUGCUGCUCAACGCGGCGUCGCGCCGCAACGUGGCGGGCGAGAUCGUUGGCGUCGUCGGCGUCGGCCAAAACAUCACCGAGCGAAAGUAUAUCGAGCGCGCGCAGCUCGACGCGGCCAAGAUGCGCGCAUCCAACGACGCAAAGGGGAACUUCCUCGCCGCCAUGUCGCACGAGAUGCGGACGCCGCUCAACGGCGUGCUCGGCAUGCUGCAGCUCGCCAUGGGCCACCAGCUGCCCGAGCUGGCGCGUCAGAACGUGAGCAACGCCGUCAUGUCUGCGGAGCACCUGCUGAACCUGGUCAACGACAUCCUCGACGUCUCCAAGAUUGAGGCGGGCAAAAUCGAGCUCGAGAACAAGCCGUUCAAGGUGGGGCGCAUCCUUGCGGGCGCGCUCGACAUCGUCAACCCGCAGGCGCGCAGCAAGGGCCUCGCGCUCAACAUGUCGCUCUGCCCCGACUUUCCGAUCUACGUGCGCGGCGACCAGCAGAGGCUGCGGCAGGUGCUGCUCAACCUCCUGUACAACGCGGUCAAGUUCACCAUCAAGGGCGGCAUCACUCUCUCUGUCGACAAGCUCGUCGAGGAGGCGGACGACGCGGAGAUGGCCGGGUACCACUUCAUCUCCAUCUCGGUCAAGCUGUUCGGCAUGUUCACCAAGAUCCAGGACAACCGCGUGCGCAACCCGCUCGGCGUCGGACUCGGGCUCGCCAUCUGCAAGCAGGCGCGCGCGCCUCCCCCGGGAGCUGAGAGAGUAGAAGCACGGCAGACGCGCCCCGUAGAAACCCACGACGCGACACCCGCCCACUCCUUGGCAGCACUCGUCGAGCUGAUGGGCGGCAACAUCUCCGUCUCGUCAAAGUACGGAGAGGGCUCCACCUUCACCUUCACUCUCAAGCUCGAGAAAGUGGACAACACGGACGAGGUGGUCGAGGAGGCGGAGCAGGUGUGCGAGGACUUCUCCUUCUCCGCCGCCGAUGAGACGGAGGCGUGCAUGCCGGCCAACGCGGCGGACGUGCUCGUGGUCGAGGACAACGAGUUCAACAUGGAGGUGGUCACGACGAUGCUGCAGCAGCUCGGGCACAACGUGACGAUGGCGUGGAACGGCUCCGAGUGCCUCGAGAUGCUCUUCGACGCGAACGGCAGCCCGUUCCGCCAUCCAGAAGGGAGCCCGAGAGCACCCGAGAGCACCCGAGAGCACCCGAGAGCACCCGAGAGCACCCGAGGCAGGGCAACGCCGCCCCCGCAGAGCAGCACAGGCACGCCGACGGUGCCAUGGACCCGCCCCAUAGGCAACGCCGUCCCCGCCCAAAAGACGCGCGCGCUCUCGCCGCCGCGCAACCGGCUGCUGUACGACGUCAUCUUUAUGGACUGCAACAUGCCCAUCAUGGACGGGUACGAGGCGAGCAAGUACAUCCGCAAGGCGGAGAAGCGGCUCAAGCUGGCGCCCGCCACGCUGAGCAGAGUCAUUGCAAAGCAUCUGCUCCACGACGGGGGCACGCCCUCCGUCUCCGGCAGCGACGCCGCGGGCGGUGCGAGGCGGGUGGAGUCGAGUGUGGCCCCUGCGCGCGCCGUGCCGUCCUCCUCGCAGCCACGCGGCGGGCCUUCCGACGCCGCGGCGCCCCCCUCCUCCUCCUCCGCGAACGGGCUGCCGACGCUCGACGUACCGCUGGCCGUGUCGCAGCUGGGGGGCGACGAGGAGCUCUUCCGCACGCUGCUCACCCAAUUCGUCGAGGCGACCGAGUGCCUCCGGAGGCACACCUACGGCGCGUCCGGGCUGGACGCGUCGACCUCACCGCGCGCUCUAGGCGCUUGCCGCCUCUCGAGCGCCGCCUCCGAGCUCGAGAAGCGGGCCGAGGAGGGCAAGGCCGGGGCCGACGCGGGCGCGAGCUGCCGCUCCCUCGUCCGGGAGGUCUGCGACGCCUUCAAGGCCGUCGAGCGGCACGAGCUGCUGCACAAGGAGGCAGGGGCGGGCGCGGGCGGGGCCGCCGCCAGCUGGAGGGAAGCAGCGGUCGGCGCAAAGCCGCCAGCCCGGCCCGAGGAGUGGUCGGGCAGGGCCUCUCCGGGCGGGAGCGGCGGCGCGCACGCGGCCCCGUCGAGGCUGGCGGCGGCGGGCGGCGUGGAGGGCGGCUCGACGCGGACGGGGGAGCUGGAGCAGGUGGUAUCGAUGCUUCUCUCAGCCAAGAGGCAGACGCUCGACGAGGCGAGGCUUGUGGCGGCGGAGCCGCACAACCAGGAGAGGCUGCGCAGCCUGGCGCGCGCCGCCGAGUUGUACCACACAGCUUCCCUCUCUGCCGCCAUCGGAGCCGACCUGCUGAUUGCAAACGCGCGCCACCUCCGCCACAUCCUUCGCGCUGUGCGGGACGAGCCCCGCACCGGCCGGCGCGUGGAGGCGGCGGCGGUCGAGGAGGCGGCGCUGACGGCGAUGGCGGCGCUGCGCAGCGACGUCUCGGUCGAGCUGCCGAAGGUGUCUGAGGCGAGCAAUCUGCUGGACGGCGUCUCGGAGCCGGAGCUCGCCUCGGCGAUCGACAACAAGCUCAUCCCGCGCAUGCGCUCGCUGCUCUCCGACAUCGAGGAGGCGAUCGCCGACUACAACAUGGGCAUGCUGCAGACCAAGGCACACACACACGCACACGCACACACACACACACACACACACACACACACACACACACACACACACAACAUCGCUCACGCGCACCGGGCCUUGCGCUUCAAAUGCCGUGGGGCCCUCUCGUCUCGACGUGGAGUCGCGAGGGCGCACACCCUCAAGACGAUGGCUCUCUACAUCGGCGCGGUCAAGCUCGGCCGCUCGGCGCAGGGCCUGCAAGAGGCGUCGUCGAUUGGGCACACGGGCUCGCUGCGCCGGCUGCUGCAGGAGCUGCGAAGCGAGUGCGGAGCGGUGGACGAGUGGAUCUCGCGCACCUUUGCGAUGCGGACGCUGCAGCCGGCGACGGCGCUGCACCUCAAACAGCUCGCCCUCUCGCACGGCCACCACUUCGACCUGCUCGCCAUCGCCGCGUGCCGGCUGCAGCACGCCGCGCGCUCGUCCUGCGACACGGGCGCCGGCGCGCUGCUCGGCCACGUCAACGCCGUCGCCGCCGCCAUCGAGCACUUGCGCGUCGAGUCACACGCGUCGGAGAAGAAGCGGCUCACGUCGUGGGCCGCGUGGCAGCAGGCCAAGAGCGGGCUGCAGUCCUUCUUCUCGCUGAUGAUCCGCGAGGACGUGGCGCACGACGGCGGCGACCAGGUCCUCUCGCAGCUUCCGGCGCUUGACGACCAAAAGGGGUUGCGGAACGUCGGCGACCACGCGGCGACGCUGCAGGAGUUGCGCGAGUCGUUCCUGCUGCUGCUCCCGCUGUGGGCAAAGGCGACGCAGGACGCGGCGCGGCUGUCCAACAUGCUCGCCAUCGCGGGAGAGGCGUACGUGUUGCACACCCUCGCCGAGCUGGUGUCCGUGCUCGUGCCGCUCGCCCUUCGCGAGGUCAAGGUGUGCCUCGCGUACGUGCUGCAGCGCUGCCUGCCGCGCGCGUCGCGCGUGCCGAGCCUGGCGCGCUUGUCGUCCCUCUCGUCCAACGAGCGCGCCAGCCCCGCCGCCGGCCCCGAGCCGCUCGCGGCGGAGGCGGCGAGGCGGCGGAGCACGGGAGCGGCACCCUCUCCGGACUGCGGCCUCGCGAGCAGCCCGGCGUGUAGUCCAGCGCGCGAACUGGCCGCGUGCAGGGGGCCAGCUGCUUGGGCUGCCUCGUGCGAGCACGGCGACGGCGCGGGGGCCCUCGACGCGGCGCCGCGCAUGCGCAUGGCGGUCCGCAUGCCGGUGACGAGCCUGCGCUUUGUGAUUGCCGCGGCGAACGACUUGCUGCGCGCCGUGGAGCCGGCGGCGAGCGGCGACGCGGGUGCCGCUGAGCUGACGAUGGCGUACGAGCAGGCCGCCGUCGCCAUCGGCAUGGCGCAGCGCAUGCUCGGCGACGGAGAGGGGAGGUUAUAGCGCUCAUGCGCGCACCGCGAGACGUGUGUUCGAUAUCCUCGCGCGCAUACCCAUACGAUACGCUCCGGCGCUCGACCCCCGAGUGGCACCGGUGCCGUGUUUCGAGCCGCCAGGGGCUGGCCGCCAGCCACGGUGGGGGAGGUAUUACUGAGUACAGAGUGGCAAUGAGAGAGAAAUGGCUGUGUCCCUGUCGCACACGCACUUUUACCUACCUAUCGAAGCAUUUAUUUCAUCGCGACCCUUCUUCGUU